AUGCAUGCAUCGAGCCUCUCCACGGUGCUCACAGACAGGUCCAUGUCGUCCAUCAAUGUUGGUGUAGGUGAGUUAGCUCUGGCAUUCCCCGAGGGCGGCUUCGGGAAGGACCAGGAGGACGAGGUGGAGGAGGAGCGAAGGCGGCGGAAAAUGCAGACCAGAGUCCUGCGAUCGAUGCUAGCCGCCUUCCUGCUGAAGCUGCUGCAGCGGGCUUUGCCAGUUCUUUGGCCUGUUUCGAGUCUGAAAGUGGCAAAGGUCGAGGGGGAGACGGACUCUUCACAGCCGGCCCCCCUCGGUGCAGCCCCGAAGGCCACCCAGACACCUUCGGUGAUGCAGUUGGCUGGCCCGGACAUCAGGCCGGAGUGCAUCAGCCGACUUUGCAGCCUGGCCAAAGCCGCCGCAGCCACGUCGCCGCGGUCGCUCUCCGCGCUCUUGGAGGAGAUCGAUCUUGGCGACCCGGAGGGCGAUGGGGGCGGAGACUUGGAAAUCUCUCCGCUCUCUCUGGCCAGCUUCGUCCUGCUCGCCGAGCUUUCCGAGCUCGGCUCACACAGCCAGCUGAUGCCCUACGUCGUGCCGCUUUGCUUUUCUCCGGCUCGGCGUCUCAACAUUCUCAUGCGCAGCUGCUAUGUGCUGCUCUCCAAUAGUGAUGCUGCUCCCGGGGUGGUGAACCUUGCAGACAUCGGUUCCCUCGAGGACGCCAAUACAGCGAGCGCUCCCUCGCAGGGCAGCGGCCCGGGUCAUCCGCCACGGGGCCUGGCCCUCUUUUCGCAGGUCGCGGCGCCCCUCUUCGAGGUCGUCUCCGUGCAAUCGCCGAAGGCGCUGUCCUCCCUGAGCGGUUCGUCCUGUCGCUGGCAUCCGGAGAGGACCUUCCAGAAACUCUUGGAAACCCUGACCUCAUGCCCGAACAUCGAGCAAGAGGCCAGGGGGGCCCUUUUCCGCUCAGCCAGCGCCGCGCUGAAGUUCUUUUCUUGGCCUGCACGCUUUGACCUGUAUCUCAAGGUGAUCCAGAGCAGUCGUGUGGAUGCUGUGAUUGGGAGCGUGGUGAGCCUGUUCAAGGACGACUGGUGGAGGCGUGUCUCCCAGAACUCUGGGGAAAUGGCCGAGCAACGAUCUCAACUGAUAAAUGUGCUCACAGCCACGCUGUCUGGGGAGGUGCAGAUUAUUGAUGGCAUGGACACGCUGACUGCUGCCUUGAACAUUCUACGUCUGGUAGCCCUUUCCAAGCUGCCUGCGGGGGCGUUUAUGCGAGAGUCUCUGGAGAAAGCGCCACUGCAGCUGACGGCGAAGUUGAACAACAUCUCGAAGCAAAUCGAUGCAGAGCUGAGUAUGCUGUCUCACGGCGCCACGGGAAGCUUGUCACAAGAACUGGCUCUGGCUAUGGGCACCGAGCAGGUCGAUCUGAACCAGAUGAAGAGGGAUCGGAUCAACAUGGUCGCGCACCUGGUGAGCCGAGUUAGAGAGAUUCUCUCAGAAAGUACAUCCUAG